AUGAUUUAAAUGAAUCUUGACCCUAUUAAUCCUAUCAUAAAAAAAGAAUUAGUAAACACAAUAUCAAAUUAUUUAAUCGGAAGGUUUAUGUGUCAUGAUUAUGAUAAUGUAAAAUAUUGCAUCGAACUUAGUGAUAAAGAAAAUUGUAUUUAUUUCAGUUUUGGAGCACCUAAUUAUAAUGAUGUGUUUAAAAUAGGUGGAGAUUUAUUCAUUUAAAAAUAUUACUAAAGUUAUGAAGUAUAAAAAUAACCUUACAAAGGAUUUGAUAUAACAUUUCAAGCUACUUUAAACAAUUUAAAAUAAAAUAAUACUGACUCUGUAAGUGUUUAUUUUGCUUUGAGCUUUACAGAUAUUGUAGAUAGAACAAUUGCAUAAUUAAUGUUGGAUGAAUUUGUAGAAAGUAAUAGACAUGUUAAAAAUCCACCAAGUGUUUAAAGAGUAGAAAAGAUUUUAGAUUAAUCGUAAAGAAGUACAUAAAGCGAAGUUUCGGUUUCAAAAUUAAGAGGAAAUACAAGUGGAAUAUAAAGUUAUACAUAUCCUUAAAUUUUAGUUGACAAAUUUCCAGAAUUGAAGAAUUUAAAGGAAGAAUAUUUGAAUGGGCUAAUUAGUUUUAAGAACAUACACAUAGAAAAAUGA